AUGAGCGCAAGUCCCACGGCCUCGUCCAGCGUGACGCCGUCCCGCCUCCCGCACCUCCACUCGUUCGUCCUGCUCUCGAAGCAGUCGCCCACUCGGCCCCUCGCUCUCCGUCGCCAGCGCAGCAGCAGCUUCUGCUCCACCGCGAGCCAUUGCAGCAGCAGUGACGAGUCGGACGCGGCUUUGGACCUCGACACAGACGACUGCGCACUUGUCUACGCGUCGUACGCAGCGGUCACGAAGCGCAGCGGCCACUCGAUUGGCUGGUGCGACCUGCAGACCUCAGCGUACGCGCGCGACGCUUCGGUCACUGCUCGACGUCGGCCCCCACGCCGCAAUGCCCCCCUGCCGUUUGCAGCGCUGGCGCUCUGUUUCGAGUUCCUCACGCUCGACGAGCUGCUCGGCAGUGUCGCUCGCGUCUGUGCCGCUUUUGACGACGUUGUCGAGCACGCGGCAGUGCUCUUGACCGGUCUCUACAGUCGUCAGUGGCGCGCGAACAAAGUGCUGCCGCAGCCCUACGUGGCGCUUUGCUUUGACGAUCAGCGCACGCUGUGUACUGCCCGUCCAGUGGGUGCGUUGUACGCGCUGUCGACACGCAGUGCAGUGACGCACUUGGCCGACGGCACGUACAGCGUCGUGAACAACUCGAGGCUGCGUGCGGUUACCAAUGGAUCCAUUGACUCGGUCCGUGGCGUCGAGGCACUGCCCGUGCUGUCGUGUGCGCGUGCGCUGCACAAGCACAUGUGCUAUUUCGAAGUGGGGUUCGACGGCUGUGGGAGUGUGGGGUUCGUCUCGAUCGCGGACGCAGCUGCUCGAGUGGCGUAUGGCUUUGGCUCUCGCGAGCACGUUGGCUGGACAAGUGUGUCGUAUGGCUACCAUGGCAAUGACGGUGACUUUGUGUUCAACGACGGUGCGAAGCCCUACGGCGGCGAGCGACGUGCGUUUGGUCCCAUGUGGGGACGAGCUUCGACAGCUCGACUCGAGCGGGACAGCUCGAGAAUGGCUACAGUUGGCUGUGGCCUGGAUGCUGGCAACCGUCAGGUCUUUUUUACACUCAAUGGGGCGAUGAUUGGCGUAGCACCCACGAGCGUGCUACCUGGUGACUAUGCUGCUGCCGUAUCGCUCCACGCGUUUGGUGACCGAGCUGUUUUGAAUGCUGGAGCAGCUCCGUUUGUCUUUGACAUCGAGGCUUUUUGUGCAAGUCCUUAG